AAAUACAAUAGGUAGUGAAUUGAUUUUUUUCAAACUGAAAAUAAAAGUUGAAUUUUUUUUCUUAGGUGUAAGCGAAGAUGCCCUGAAAGAGUUCUCAAUGAUGUUCAAACACUUUGAUAAAGAGAAAUCUGGCAAACUGAAUCAUCAAGAGUUUAAAAGUUGUCUACGAGCUCUUGGAUAUGACUUGCCGAUGGUCGAAGAGGGACAACCGGAUCCAGAGUUUGAUGCAAUAUUAGAUGUGGUUGAUCCUAACCGAGAUGGAUAUGUUUCAUUACAAGAAUAUAUGGCCUUCAUGAUAAGCAAAGAAACUGAAAAUGUCCAAAGUUCUGAAGAAAUUGAAAAAGCGUUCAGAGCGAUUACAGCAGGAGAUCGUCCUUAUGUUACUAAAGAGGAACUUUAUGCGGUGAGUUUUAUUGAAUACUGAAAAAAUUUAGACACG